UAAUUUGUAACUUUGAUUGUUGAUGAUAAUGAUACUCAACCCAUUAAAAUUGCUGUCGUCGGUGCCAAUGAUUCACGACGCCAUUUCGGAUCACAACAACAAUAAAUUCAAUUGAGGUUGUUUGGAGUGACUCAUGUGGCUUUAGGCUUCAGAGUUUGAUUAUUCGCCGUUGCAAAAAGAAAAAAGAGGGUAACCUGCGGGAGGGUAAUUUCAAGAAAUCAGAAGACAUUUCGGCCUAAGAAAAGUGCCCCAUCAGGAAGUAAGGGUGCACAGCUUAAAAAACACAUAGAUUCUACCUUAGGUAGUGGCAACUUAAGGGAAGCUGUUCGCCUGCCCCCUGGAGAAGAUCUUAAUGAGUGGCUGGCUGUAAAUAUGUUGUGAACAAGAUCAGUUGCUAAUACUACUAUUCCAAUUGGUAAAAGACCAAGGUCGUGAAGUGAUAAGCGGUUGACUUCUUCAAUCAAGUGAACAUUUUAUAUGGCACUCUCACAGAAUUCUGCACAGCAUCAACCUGUCCGACAAUGACAGCAGGACCGAAGUAUCAUUCUCAGUUCCUCUAAGAAUAUUUCCCCGUUGUGUGUGUUCAAUGAAUGUUGGGUAUAUCCAUGCUUGACGUAUAUUGUUAAGCUAUGACAGGAUCUCUGUAAUGAUAUCAUCGCUCUCUCUCUCUCUCUCAAUAUAUGUAACACCAUGGGUCCUCACCCCAAAAGUGUCAACUGAAGAUAACUUACAGGUUCCUAGGACCAAGUAAUAUACUCAAGACCACCCCAGUAAACUAUUGAUGUGGAUUGGGUCAUGACACAAUAUACAUAUAUAUAUAUAUAUAUGGUUAUAUGUCCUUAAGAUACGAGUAUAGAUGGGCUGAUGGAGUUACUAUAAAGAAACCCAUAGAGGUAUCUGCUCCUAAAUAUGUGGAGUAUUUGAUGGACUGGAUUGAAGUUCAGCUUGAUAAUGAAGCUAUCUUUCCUCAAAAAUUGGGGGCACCAUUUCCAACAAAUUUUCCAGAUGUUGUUAAGACAAUAUUCAGGCGCUUGUUUCGCGUAUAUGCACACAUCUAUCACUCUCACUUUCAGAAGAUCGUGAGCCUCAAGGAAGAAGCUCAUCUGAAUACUUGCUUCAAGCAUUUUGUUCUUUUUACAUGGGAAUACCGUUUGAUCGACAAAGGGGAGCUUGCACCACUUUGUGAGAUUGUUGAAUCCAUCUUGGGCGUAUAAUUGCUCAGCUUUGGAUUCACUAGUACUGGAUAAAAACAUCUUGGAGAGCUUGCUGUUAAUUUUGCAUCGAUGCAGCCUUAUCGAUUCACUCUCUUGGUUUUUUUAUGACUGUUUUCAAAUUUUGCUUGCGCCUUCUGAAUCAGAUGCAGUCUUUGAAUGAAUUUGCUUUCUCUUUCUUGGCAAAGUUUUUGGGCAUAUCAUUUACGCCACUAGAUCUUGGCGAAGUUUACUUAAACCUUGAGAAGCUCGCAGGUUUCAAAGCAUACAUGUUUUUUUUCAGCCAAAUUCAAAGUAGAAUUCU